CCCCCAGUCUGAGAUGAAGGAGGAGGAGGUUGAGCCCAUCCCCAAAGAGCAGCAGAAGGACACUGAUGGGGAGGAAGACAAUAAUCUCCCCCAGUCUGAGAUGAAGGAGGAGGAGGUUGAGCCCAUCCCCAAAGAGCAGCAGAAGGACACUGAUGGGGAGGAAGACAAGGAUGUCAAAUCAAGUCAGAAAUGUGACAAUACAGAACCCAGUACACAUGAAACUGUUGAUUCUAAUCAGGUGCCAGAAGGCAGAUCAGGUAUUUUUUGGAUGAGGCUGGUUAUUCUGGCUGUCCUGAUCUUACUGAUGUAUCAUCACAGAUCCUACCAAUUUUCCAAACCUGGAGCUACUCGACCCUGCUUGGAUCCUUUAUCUCCAGAGCCACAGCUGUCAGAUUCUUUUCGAAUGCCUGAGCUGAAAGUGAUGAUGUUGGGGAGGACUGGAUCCGGGAAGAGUGCAUCAGGAAACACCAUUCUGGGCAGAGAGGCAUUUAAAUCAGAAACAUCUGCUGUACCAGUGACCAUGUACCGUGAAUGUCAAAGUGAAGUUGUGGAAGGAAGAAACAUCACUGUCAUUGACACACCAGAGAUCACAUUAAUGAAUGCUUCAGGCCUGUCAGAAUGCCCCCAUGUUUUCCUAUUGGUGAUUCCAAUGGGUGGAGUCACAUUCAGUAAUGAAGUGAAGUGGGUCCAGAACAGUUUUGGAGAGGAAGCUCUGAAGUUUACCAUUGUUUUGUUCACUCGAGGAGACCAGCUGAAACGAAAAUCAGUUGAGGAGUUUCUGCAGGAGAGCUCUGGACUGCAGACUCUGGUGAACAAUGUUGGGGGAAGAUAUCACAUGUUUGAUAAUGAAAAUGCACAAGGGGACCAACAGGUGAAGGAGUUGCUGGGGAAGAUAGACUUGUUACUUAGGCAGAAUGUGGGCUACUCCUAUUCUCAUGGCUUGGAUGAACAGCUGAGGGAAAAGGAAUGGAACAGACUGACAUGGCAAGGAAUGUUUAUAGUAAUGAUUUUUCCAUGUCUAUUUAUUUUAACCCUUUAAGCACUAGGGUUUAAAACAUUUAAUUUUGACAUCAACAUUUCGAAAAGGCCAUUGCUUAUAAUUAAAAGGUUAUGACGGAGGUAAAUUUACUCUAUUUUAAUUCUAUCCAAUUUGCAUAUCAUGGGGCCUUAUCAUGAUCAUCACGACACAAAGCUUAUCGAACAAAGCUUAUUAAAGCUUAUUAUUAGACUCAAAUUUUUUGUCUCUUUUAUUGUGCAAAUUAAU